AUGAGCUUGGAGAAGAUGGGACAUGAGUGGGUUUGGUUGGAUUCAGAGCAAGACUAUCCCAAUGACUCUGAGCUGAGCAACGACUGCAGGUCCCUCUUCAGUUCAUGGGAUUCCAGUCUGGAUCUUGAUUUGGGAAGCUGGAGAGAAACAGAGGAGCCAGGGGCUGACGAACUAGAGGAAAGCAGCCCAGGGAGAGAACCUAGUGAGCUGCUUAUGGGGGAUGGAAGCAGUGAGGAAUCUCAGGAAGAGGCAGAGCAAGUCAGUCGCCAGAAUCUCCUCCACUUUCUUUCUGAGGUAGCUUAUUUAAUGGAGCCAUUGUGCAUUAGCAGCAAAGAAUCAAGUGAAGGCUGCUGUCUUUCAUCUGGUACCAGACAACAGGACAGAAGGGAAAUUGAAGCUACUGAAGGAGAAGAGCCAUGCAAAGAGCCCAAACAGCUUUCAGCCUGGGUAGACCCCUUAGUAGCUGAGAAGUCAGUAGGAGAAAGUGGAAGGCCAGAGGUGGCUCCAGCUCACUCACAUAUUUGUGCUAUUCGGCAACUAUCCACAGAGAGUGAAGAAGGAGAGGUUGAGCAAGAAUCCAAAGAGGAGGACCAGGGUGAAGGGUAUGUGUCAGAGUUGGAAGACCAGCCCUCUUCAGGUGAGUAUGAUGAUGGCUUCAGCAUUCAGAAGACUCCUCUGGUGGAUAUCCUUUUCAGCCGUGCUACCUCCUCAAAGUCGUCUGAUCUAGGCCACAGUGACCCUGUUCAGGAUCACUUGCUAUUUAAGAAGACUCUCUUGCCAGUCUGGAAGAUGAUUGCCAGUCACAGGUUCAGCAGUCCUUUUCUGAAACCUGUGUCAGAAAGGCAGGCCCCGGGAUACAAGGAUGUGGUGAAAAGACCCAUGGACUUAACUAGCCUGAAAAGGAAUCUGUCUAAGGGACGGAUUCGUACCAUGGCUCAGUUCCAGCGUGACCUGAUGCUGAUGUUCCAAAAUGCUGUGAUGUACAAUGACUCUGAUCAUCAUGUGUACCAUAUGGCUGUGGAGAUGCAGCGAGAAGUCUUGGAGCAGAUUCAGGUGCUGAGUAUUUGGUUAGACAAAAGAAGAGACUUAAAUAGUUUGGAAUGAGAACCAGUCAACCCUGUGGAUGAUGGAAAACCUCUUUUGUUAACCAGGAGCUGCUAUCCUGACAUUUUCUGGAUUUGGGACCUCUUAUUGAGACUUAGAGAAGAUCCCAGUACUUGUUUACCAGUUCUCUGUUGUCUUUUCUAAUAAGAAAAAUGCCUUAAUUCACAACCAGGGAGUCACGGGUGCCUGUGGACAUAACAUAAAGCGGGGAAAGCUCAGAUUUGGGGCCAAGCUGUAAAUGUUGCCCACGUUUUUGUUCCAUGGGCUUGAUUUAGAUGUAACUAAAUUAAACGUCUUAUAACUGC